AUGAACUUCCGUGCAGCUACCAGGCCUGCCCUUGCGACGGCGCUCAGUGUGCGCGGUGCCGUCGCUCCCGUGGCCGGUUUCCACGCUAGUGCCGCUCCCCAGGCGUCGCUCCGUGAACUGGAGGCUCGUCUGAAGAGUGUUAAGAACAUCGAAAAGAUCACGAAGUCCAUGAAAAUGAUUGCCGCGACGCGUCUUGGUCGCGCUCAACGCGCUAUGGAUUCGGCUGUGGCCUUCGGCAACGCGAGCGAGGAACUGUUCAAGCAGUCGGAAGUCGAGGCGCCGAAAGAGGGCGGUCGCGAUCUCUUUGUGGUUGUGUCGUCCGACAGGGGUCUUUGCGGUGGUAUUCACUCGUCUGUGUCGAAGAAGACACGCGCUGCGGUCGCCAAGCUUACCAAGGCCGGUGGUGAAGAGCCAAGCGUUGUCGUGCUCGGCGACAAGGCCAAGGCUCAGCUGAGCCGGGCUUUGCCCAAGAAUUUGGUACUGUCAUUCAACCAGAUCGGCAAGGGUGUGCCAACAUACGAGGAUGCUCUGGCUAUUACAUCAACGAUCCUUAAGGCCGACAUUCCCUUCGACAAGAUCAACAUUGUGUACAACAAGUAUGUGUCAUCGCUCUCGUUUGAGUCGGUGAUCUCAACAGUGUACUCCGAAAAGUCGCUUUUGGAGGCGCCUAAGUUUGGUGCCUAUGAGAUGGAUGAGAGCCUUUCGAAGGACCUCGCUGAAUUCUCGCUGACCAACUCGAUUUUCUACACUCUCGUUGAGGGCCAUGCCUCGGAGAUUAACAGCAGGCGCAAUGCCAUGGACAAUGCAUCAAAGAACGCUGGCGAUAUGAUCACGAACCUGAACCUGCUGUACAACCGUGGUCGUCAGGCCAAGAUUACCAACGAGCUUAUCGACAUUAUUACGGGUGCUUCGUCACUGUAA